CCCGCUUCUCUUCCCCAAUGAAGGGUCACUUCAGCGCGGCUCGGUUUGUUGAUUUUGCUCCCUCGUCGUCGCGGUGUCGCGACUUGUGUCAUUGCUGUUGCUAGCUAACGACUGCCAGCUAGCAGCGGCAGAUGGCGAACGCAGCUUCUUAAAAAGAACAACUCUACGCCUUUGUCGUCCAGACGGUCUCAAAUGUUGUCUUUUGGUGACCGCGUGGGUUUGAAAGUGACGUGGACUCAGAGGUGGACUUACUUGGCAGCUAAGAGGGUCGCAGUCUGGGCGCCGCGCAGCACUUCGCUUCGGUUGUCCUGUCCGCUCCGCCGCGCUCACGCCAUCUUUUUUUUAUCAACAGCUCAGCCGCAUGCCAGUCACGUGACGUCUAGGCCGCGAGCUGCCGCUGUUGUCGUCGUGAAGAAGAGCAAGUCUCCGAUCGGUGACGGCGAAAGCGGCCGUUCGAGGCUCCACAGGCCGCCCUCAUACGACAAAACGUCAGCAUAAAGGAGAAACUGGGCCCCUUUGAUGCGUUUGGCGCAAACGACAAACAUCGCACUAGUCAACGAGGUAGCGCCGCGUCACGUGACCGUAGCCAUCCCAUAAGCGGAAGUGAUGUCACGGGACGCUUCUUCUUCGCUUGUUCUACUUCCGCCUCAGCUUUGUGACUGGAAUAGCAGUUGGCACUGGUGUGACCAGCUAAUGCAGAGGUCUUCAACUGGUGGCUGCUGACUAAGGCUGAGCACUCAGCAUCUGGGAACCGGGACUCCCGGGAUCGUCUAUUGUUUAAAUUUUCGAUUCCUGCUUUUCAUGAUGAACCAGCCCACCCACCGGAAAAAAAUGGCUCCAUAACACCAACAGAUACAAGCGACAGGAAGUGUUUAAGUUCACCCAUUUCCACCACGGACAGUGUGCGACGAUGAAAGAUUGGUUGAAAUUCUGCAAGGAAAAGGAAGGGUUGCCGCUGUGCAACAUUUGCAACGGCAUCGUAUCAUGCAAAAGAGGGUGCACCACGAACACGAUUCACCUAGCACCCACACUGAAACCAUGCAAACUUUAAUGACUUUUCCUGGAAAAUAAUCUGACUCAAGAGUAAUGAGGACGCCGAAUCAAAAGGACGAAUCGGAAUCAGAAACAGAAUCGCUCAAACGAUGCCAAACCCUGCCAGUGUCUGACUUCAGAGUGGCGAGUUCAAUUAAAGUGUUCUAUACAAAAUAAAAUAACAGAUAAAUUCAACAUGACACAGCUGAAUAGCUUUGGUUUGGAACGAUGAAGAAAAAAAUAUUGUAAUACCGCUAGUGGCCUGAAGGGGGUGGUAUUUCCCCCUCGUCGUCUACAUGAAGAAAAAUGGCUGACAAGUAGUAGCAGUGGAUGCCGCUUGGUUGAGCUGCCGACAGUUUGAACACGGCAGGAAGACCGUGGGCACAAGCGGGUUGUUUGCGGGGUUCUGCCGUGUGACGAGGAGCAUUACUUGAGUCGGAGCUGGCUUUUCUUUUGAGGGUUUUUUGUCCUCGAAGGGACGGGACGAGGACCAGGGCUAAGCGUGGAGCCUUUGGAACAAGUCGGACAUGAACGGGGAAGUGGUAUGCAGUAAACACCAUGUCAUAGUUUCUAGCUGCACUGUGUCCUCACCCCCGGUUCAGGACAACAAUGACAACACUGUCAAUGUGUUGCGGCAGGAGGGGAGACGUUCUCCACCGUGCUCCCAGGACGACAUCCAGCGGCAGGAAGGCUGGAGAGCAAAUGGCUUGGAGUCCAAGUUAGAAGGCCAGUGCUCCCCCUGCUGGUCAGAAGAAUGUACAUCCCCUCUGCAGCUCCAUGGUGCUAUGAAAAAGCACCUCCGGCUUCCCGCAGAGCGCCCCCGACAGCUCGCGCCUGGCAGACCUCCCGCUCCUCUGCACCGUAGCAACCCAAGUACCGCUCGCUGCCGCCGCCGCCAAGCAAGGACAGCCCCUGACAGGCUCAAGCCCAAGACAACCGCCUGUGGGAAGAACUCCCAGAACCGCAAAGUUACAGACUUCUUUCCAAUAAGACGGAGCUCACGUAAAAGUAAAACGGAACUGAAGUGUGAAGAGAAGCAGCUCAUAGACCAUCUCAUCACCAACGGAAUAGAAGAAGGAAUGCAGAUGCAGCACAUCGAGGGAAAGGGCAGAGCCGUGUUUGCCGCACGUUGCUUCCGUAAAGGCGAGUACGUGGUGGAGUACCAUGGCGACCUCCUGGAGAUGACGGACGCCAAAAAGCGCGAGGCGGAAUACGCUCAGAACCCGGAAACGGGCUGCUACAUGUACUACUUCCAGUAUCUCUGCAAAGCCUACUGCGUGGACGCCACCAAAGAGACAGAGCGACUAGGCCGGCUGAUCAACCACAGCAAGAACGGCAACUGCCAGACCAAACUCCACGACAUUGACGGCGUGCCGCACCUCAUCCUGGUGGCGUCGCGGGACAUCGCCGAGGGCGAGGAGCUCCUGUACGACUACGGCGACCGCAGCAAGGCGUCACUUGAUGCCUACCCGUGGCUCAAACACUGACUGCAGCGCACGCUAACGCCUUCUACGCUGUGGUACAACUAGGAAGGGGCAGGACUUGGAGAACUUGAUGACACCAUCUUUUAUUUAUAUCACAGGUGGAGGACUCUUUCUCUCUCUCAUUUUUACACCCACACUUCCUGCUUUCCUUUUUUACCAACUCUAAUCAUUCAUUGACUCCACUAAAGAUCACCUCCUCUUUUGUACGCCAGUAGUUAGGACUACGGUAAAUGGAUCAGCAUCAUGGACGCUAGGCGAGCAGACAAAACACAAGCUAUGUUUAUGUUCAAUUUCCCAUUUAGUCAAUUGUGAAAUAAUAUGAAAUAUCAAAUGGUUAUAAAUAUGUGAAACAAUUAUAAGUUGUAGAAACAUGAAAUAUAAAUCUGAAAUACAAUAAACAUACAUGACAUGAAAAUGAUAUACGUUAGGGUGCAUCAAAUUUGAAUGGGAAAUUUGAAAUUCAUAAUAUCAAUUUGGCUGGCAUUCCAUUUUUUUCUAAUGAACAUAAAAAUUCAUUUUCUACCGCUUUUCCUCACGAGGGUCGCAAUUUGGAGAGGCCAAUUAACCUAGCAUGUUUUUGGAAUGUGGGAGGAAACCGGAGUACCUGGAGAAAACCCACACAUGCACGGGGAGAACAUGCAAACUCCCCACAGAGAUGGCUGAGGGUGGAAUUGAACCCUGGUCUCUUAGCUGUGAGGUCUGCGCGCUAACCACUCGACCGCCGUGCCGCCCUGAACAUAAAAAUGUCAUUUGCAAAGUUUUGAGGAAAUCCAUUGAGAUUUAGGGGUGCCACCUCACACAUAAACUUUUGUAAAAUUUCAGAAAAUGUGCAAUUUCUAAUGUGCAAUUGCCAAAAAGUUGACCUGGAAAUGUUGAGUACAAUGAACUUGUAUACAGCAUCAUUUUCUAUAGGGUUACAGUGCCUAAAAUAAUAAAUGGACAAGUGUAUAUCAGAUUAUGUAGGACUACAGUACUACUCUCAAUAAAUAUGAGGCAUCAGCAAUACUAUAGCAAUACUAUAUUACUGUUGUUGACGUUAUGCUUGCUCAGCUAUUAGCUAACUGUCAUUAGCAAACUGUAGCUAGCUAAUGUUAGCUACAGUAGAGGCAAUGAGCACUAAAUACCUAUAAAUAUGACUACAAAUCAUUCAAAUUACAAAGACAAAACCACAAAUUUGCUAGUAAUAUGUACUAGGAGUAUAAAUACCAACAAAAACAUAAAGAUCACCUCAAAUCUCCAUGGUGACCAUUGAACUGUUCACCACUUUAUUCCACAAAAACAGAUGUAUGGUGGCACCCCUAAGUAAUCAUGUAUUGGAAAAAUAUUUUGUAUAUGUUGUUUCUACAUAUAUUGGAACACUUUUAGUACCCAGCCAUAUCAAAAUUCAAUAAUAGUGUUUUUUGAUGCGCCCUAAUAUAUAUA